AUGGCCCCUGGCAUCUUGAGUUACCUGGAGCAAGCGGCGGAGACGUCGCCCUCCAAGGGUUUUGUUUUCUAUAGUGUAGGCAGUCACAAGUCGGAGACGAUCUUAUACCCGGAGUUCUACAACAUUGUUAAGAAAAUCGCCGAGCCCGAGCGCAUUCUCCUGGUUCACUUCGACACCCACAAGGAGAAUAUCAUCUGGUUCUGGUCGGUCAUUGCCGCGGGCUCCAUUCCCGCCGUGUCGACCCCCCUGGCUGUAGACCCCGUGGCCAGGGAGCGCCAUCUAAGCCAUCUCCAGAAGCUGCUGGAGCGGCCGAACGUCCUGACUGGCUACAAGCAUGCCGGGGACUUGAUGCUCCUCGACGACUCUCAGAAGUUCUACGUCGAAGAUUUCGAGAACGAGAGGGAAUACUCCGAGGCUGAGUACCAGGAGCCGUCGCAUCUGAAUGACAUCGCUCUGCUGCUGCUGACCUCCGGGAGCACGGGCAAUGCGAAGGCCGUCAUGCUGCACCACGAGCAGAUCCUUGCCUCCGUUGAGGCCAAGUGGAAGGCUCUGUCGAGCAGCCCGGACAACAUCUUCCUCAACUGGAUUGGCUUCGACCACGUCGCCUGUCUGAUGGAGAUGCACAUGCACGCGCUCUCUCGCGGCGCCCAGCAGAUCCAUCUCCCGGCCGUGACGGUCCUGGAGAACCCUAUCAUGUACCUGGAGAAGAUGGCCGAGUACGCCGUCACCAACGCGUUUGCGCCCAACUUCCUCGUGGCUCUGGUCGGCAAGGCUAUCGAGGCGCGCCAGGAGCAGGAAGGUCGUCCUCUCGACAUCGACCUGAGCCACCUGCACGUGGUGCUCUCCGGUGGCGAGGCCAACCUCGCGUCGACCAGCAUCCUGUUCAACCGCAAGCUGGUUGAGAUGGGCGCGGCCAAGAACGUGCUGCACCCAUCGUUCGGCAUGACCGAGACCUGCGCGGGCAUCCACUACCACUACAGCUUCCCCGAGCUGGAGCAGAAGGCCAAGAUGCAGUUCUGCUCGGUGGGCCAGACCACGCCGACCCUGCAGAUGCGCAUAUCCAACGACCAAAACGAGAUCCUGCGCAGCGGCGAGACCGGAAACCUGGAGCUGUACGGCCCCAUGGUCUUCAAGGGCUACUACAACGACGACCGCAACACCAAAGCCUCCUUCACCGAGGACGGCUGGUUCCGCACCGGCGACACCGGAUACAUCGACCAGAGCGACAACCUGGUGCUGUCCGGCCGGUCCAAGGACAGCAUCAUCAUCAACGGCAUCAACUUCUACUCGCACGAGCUGGAGAACGCCAUCGAUGCCUCGGGCCUGGACGGCCUCGUCCCCUCGUACACCGUGGUGGUAUCCUCGUGGCUCGAGAACGCCGACAGCGAAGACGUGAUCGUGCUCUACCUCCCCAGCCAGAAGGGCGUCGAAGACGACCGCACCUUCGUCGAAACCCUCAGCUCCAUCUCCCGCAUCACCGCCCUCUACUGCUCCAAGCAGCCCGUCGACAUCAUCCCCCUCCCCGUCGAGCUCCUCCCCAAGAACUCCCUCGGCAAGCUCCCGCGCACCAAGCUCAAGCAGCAAUACGAGGAGGGCCGCUUCACAUCCCACCGCGACGACGCCGUCUCCCGCGCCGCCUCCUACCGCGCGCGCUCCAAGCGUCCCCCCCAGAACGACCUGCAGGUCACCCUGGCCGAGAUCUUCGCCGACGAAUUCGGUCUCGACCUGGCCGAGGUCGGCGUCGACGACAGCCUCUACGACAUGGGCGUCAACAGCGUGCGUCUGAUCCGCUACAAGCGCAUCGUCGAGUCCCGGCUCGGCCUGUCCGAGGAAAUCCCCAUGAUCACCAUCCUGCAGAACCCCACCAUCGAGGCCCUCUCCGUCAUGCUCGAGGAUCUGCAGCAGAACCAGGGCCCCAAGCCCUACAACCCCAUCGUCGAGCUCCAGAAUGGCCCCUCCAAGGCGCCCCCCAUCUUCUUCUUCCAUCCCGGGAUGGGUGAGGUCCUGGUCUUCCUGAACUUCAGUAAAUAUUUCGCCGAUCGCAAGGUAUAUGCCCUGCGCUCGCCGGGGUUCAAUCCCGGGGAGAAGAUGUUUACUUCCGUUGAUGAGAUGACUGACACAUACCUCAAACACAUCCGUGCCCUGCAGCCCGAGGGGCCCUACAUCUUCAUCGGCUACUCGUACGGCGCCAUGAUCGCCUUCGAAACCGCCAAGAAGGUCGAGGCGUCUGGGGACCGCGUCGGCUUCCUCGGCAGUCUCAACCUGCCCCCCCACAUCAAGAAACACAUCCGCGAGAUGGACUACGUCGAGUCUCUCCUGCAUCUGGUCUACUUCCUCGGCUUUAUUACCGAGGAAGAUGCCCAUCUUAUGUCGCCGGAUAUGCAUAAGCUCCCCCAAAGCGAAGUCCUCCCCUCCAUCAUGAAAGUCUCCGACCAAGCCCGCGUCGCCGAACUCGGCAUGAGCGAGGCCAAGAUCCGCGACUGGGCCAUGCUCUCGUCCAAACUGCAGGAGCUCGCCCACACAUACGACCCCUCCGGCACGGUGGCACACAUGGACGUCUUCUACGCUAUCCCGCUCGUCUCGGUCGGCCGCGACAAGGACGUCUGGCUGAAACAGCACCUGAUGCGCUGGAACGAGCAUAGCGACAGCGUUCGCUAUCAUGAUGUUCCCGGUAGUCAUCAUACCAUGAUGGCGGAGGAGAAUGUGUUUGCCCUGCAUAAGACGCUGAGGGGAGCGUUGAGUGAGAGGGGGAUGUUGUAGAUUAUCGGUUGGGUUGGGUUGAAGAUUUAAAGAUCAAAGGAAG